AUCACAAGUGCCGUUCCCGUCAUUCCAGACGAGCUUGUCGUAGAAAUCGGACAUCCCGUCGUUAUCGGCCGUAUGGCUAAGCCACUGGACGCAUCUAAGACUGGGCCCCAUUUGACACAACCUGGUAGUGUUCAAUUCUACACUCUGCCCCUGAAAGAGCUCGAAGUUUCUCGCUUGCACAGCGUUGUCGAGCGUGUCCCAGGUGGCGUCAGGCUGAAAGCUAUUGGCAAGAAUGGCCUGCGCGUUGGACAUCACUUCGUUGCCGAGGGUCAAGAGAUGAUCCUCCCUGAACAGAAGGGUCUUGUCAACCUCGAUCUUUGGGUCAGGUCCAUCAAGCUUCAGUGUGCCUUACCGCACGCCGCUGCACCUCGUCUUAUGGAAGUGAAGAGAGAAGAACCACCGCAUGUCAAGGAAUUAGAGGAUCUGAAGGAAUACACUACUCCACAUACGGCAACUUCGGCUGUAUUUUCUGAAGCAACGAUUCCUAUCACCCCGUCCGAAGAUCGCCAUAUGACCACCUCACUCCCGCCAUCUUCACCUGCAUCUUCUCCGUUAUCUUCUUUGUCCAGCGAUGACGAGAUGUCACCUCCGCGUGGAGUGAAACGCAAGGCUGGGUCAUUACCGCCGUCAUCACCUGUCAAGAGGAUCGCAAUGAGUGAGCAGUCGGGAGAUGAAGACAUGGACGCUGACGGUGAAGAAAAUGAAGACGAUGAACAAGACCAAGACCAAGAAGACCACCAGGAUAAUGGAGAGGAAGUGCCUAGAAAAGACAACGAAGACGAAGACGACGAUCUCCUGGGUUUGCUCGUGCAGCAGAGCGCGCGAGCGCCUCCGUCUACAUCAGUAUAUACUGAAGAACCUGCUCCCAAAUUGCAGAAUCAGAACGGAUCGCAUCACUCUGCGUCUCCGCAAUUGCCCCUACCCAAGCCCCGGCGCACUGCUGAGGAGGAAAUCCAGUUUCGCAUCGCGGUUCUUCCUCACCUCGUUACGGCGCUUGCUCUGUCCGUUACAACUACCACGCCAUUAUCACACAUCCUACCAGAAGUUCUGGAACAGUCGUCUCUUGCGUCGUAUGAUCACGAAGACAUCACAGAAAUGUGCCGCACUUUGCUGGAAGACGGCGUCAAAGGAAUGUUUGGAAAGGUUGUUAGACGCGGAAAGGACGCGUCAGGCAGACCUCUCGAAAAUGUCUAUUUCUACAACGCUGAUAAAGACCCUGACCGCGAACGUGGCAGAAAUCUGGGAAAUCUAGGUGGACGACGAGUAAGACAUGCCCAGAUGACGGACAAGCAGUACUACUGGCGCCCUGUGGGACGCAAGCGGACCUGAGGGAUUGUUGUAUUUCGCCGAAUGCUCUCAUCUCUUCGAAUGUUUAUCUUGGGAUCGUUGUUGUGCCAAGUAUUGGGUUAAUUUGGG